AACCAGCCCUCAGGAUUGACGUAUAGAGUGUUGACUGACGCAUUGAAAUCACAUUAUCAGCCAAAACCGUUGGUCAUUGCGGAGAGGUUUCGUUUUCAAAAACGUGAUCAAAAGGAUGGAGAAUCAGUGACUGAUUACUUAGUGGCAAUAAGAAAAUUGUCGAAGUACUGUGAGUAUGGAACUCACUUAGAUGAAGCUUUAAGAGAUCGUCUUGUGAGUGGAUUGGCCUCCGAGUCAAUUCAAAGAAAAUUACUAGCAGAGAAAGGGCUAACAUUUGCACGAACAUGUGAGAUAGCAUUGGCAAUGGAAAUGGCAUCCAAGAAUUCCCUUGAAAUCUUAGGAAAAUCGCAGAAUGCAGCUGUUAAUGAAGUUUCUAAAUCAAAGUUUGGAAGCAAAGGAAAAUGGCAGUUUAGAAGUGGGAAUGAGAGUACAAACCAGAAAUUUGAACAGACACGGGACAGUGAGCAGAGAUGCUACCGUUGUGGGGGAGGGAGACACUCACCCCAGGAGUGCCGAUUCAAAAAUGAGAAAUGUCAUUCGUGUUCCAAGACGGGGCAUAUUUCCAGAGUAUGUCGGAAUAAAAGACAGACCGCCAGGGCCCAGUAUGUGGACACUGAGGAUCAGAGUGUAGAUGGUGAAGAUGAUCCUUUCGGGGUCUUUACAGUCUACAUGGUAUCCAGUGGGGAUGGAGGCAUUAAAGUUAAUGUGAAAGUGGGUGAUGAGGACAUUAGCAUGCAGUUGGAUACAGGUGCGGCAGUGUCCAUCGCAUCAGAAGUUUUGCACCAAAAGAAAUUCCCACAUUUACCCAUUGAAAAGUCUAACAUCAGAUUAAAAGCGUACUCGGGAGAAACAAUUCCCCUGCUUGGCUAUGUUCAGGCACCAGUGCAGUAUGGUGACCAGAAAGCAACGAUGCCUCUCAUCAUAGUGAAAGGCAAUAGGCCUGCUCUCUUUGGCCGAAAUUGGCUGGAGAAGCUGAAGCUGGACUGGAAAAAUAUCUUCACACUAGGAAAAGAAACCAAGCAUGGCGACCCAGAAUUACAAGCAGUACUUCAGCGCCACUCACAGGUGUUUUCUGAGGAGGUUAGUGCCAUAGAGGAUUUCAGAGCAACCAUAAGAAUGCAACCUGGGGCACAGCCAGUCUUUUGCAAAGCCCGCCCUGUGCCAUAUUCACUGAAAGAGGCUGUGGAAAAAGAACUGGAUAGGAUGGAAAAAGAGGGAAUAGUUUCCAAAGUGGAUCGAAGUCGAUGGGGGGCCCCGAUCGUGGUGGUACCAAAGGCUGAUAAAUCCAUCCGCAUCUGUGGGGAUUACAAGGUCACAAUAAAUAGCCAACUGGAAGUAGAGACUUACCCCCUGCCCAACACUGAGGAUUUAUUUGCGACUCUAGCGGGGGGGAAAUGGUUUUCAAAUUUAGAUCUCUCUCAUGCUUACCAGCAAUUGAGAUUAGACAAAGACUCUGAACAGUAUCUAACCAUUAAUACUCACAGAGGACUGUACCGCUACCAUCGCCUCAGCUACGGGGUGGCCAGCGCACCAUCAAUUUUUCAAUCAGUAAUGGAUCAGAUCCUACAGGGACAAGAAGGAGUGACUUGUUUUUUGGAUGACAUUCUAAUCACAGCCAACACAAAAGCCCUGCACUUGAAAAGACUGGAAGCAGUGUUAGGCUGCCUGGCGCGUUAUGGCUUGAGAGCAAAGUUGGCCAAAUGCAGAUUUUUGCAGACAAGUGUAGAGUACUUGGGGCAUCAGAUAGACCAUGAAGGCCUGCACCCCACGCAGCAAAAAGUGGAGGCAAUUGUGAAUGCCCCAAAUCCCACAAAUGUCUCUGAGUUGCGGUCGUAUUUGGGACUGUUGAACUAUUAUGGCCGUUUUCUGAAAAGCUUGUCCAGUGUGUUACAGCCAUUGCAUGCUCUGCUGAAAAGGGAGGAAAAGUGGAGCUGGACACCUGCAUGUGAGGAAGCUUUCAAGAAAGGAAAAGAGAUGUUACUGAGCAGCACGGUCCUGGUUCAUUAUGACACAGAGAAGCCGUUGAGAUUAGCAUGUGACGCAUCCCCCUACGGGGUGGGUGCAGUCAUUUCGCAUGUGAUGGAGAAUGGUGAAGAGAGACCAAUUGCGUUCGCCUCGCGCACUCUGACUGAUGCAGAAAAGAAUUAUGCUCAAAUAGAGAAAGAGGCACUAGCAAUCAUCUAUGGAGUGAGAAAAUUUCACAAGUAUCUAUAUGGACGCAAGUUUACUCUCUUCACUGAUCACAAGCCCUUACUGGCUAUACUGGGACCAAAGUCAGCUGUGCCUACAUUGGCAGCCUUGCGUAUGCAGCGCUGGGCGUUGAUCCUGAUGGCUUACAGUUAUGAGCUAGAAUACAAGAAGUCGGCAGACCACUUUAAUGCUGAUGCCAUGUCCAGACUUCCUGUGACUGAGUCCGACAAGACAGCACAGGAAUCCAACAUUUUCUACUUUUCACAUGUGGAAGAUCUGCCAAUAUCAGCUCAUGACAUCAAAGUAGGCACAAGCAGAGAUCCAUUGCUGAGUAAAGUUUGGAGCAAUACAAUGAAUGGAUGGCCUAAUUACAUGAACGAUGAAAGCCUGAAACCAUACUUUGUCAGGAGACAUGAGCUGUCAGCAGACCAGGGGUGUGUUUUGUGGGGUCUCAGAGUCAUUGUUCCUCAAAUGCACCGACAGCAGAUUCUUAAAGACCUGCACCAUGAACAUCCAGGCAUCUGCAAAAUGAAGGCCUUAGCCCGCAGCUAUUUAUGGUGGCCAGGUUUGGACGGUGAGAUUGAGAACAUGGUUCAGAACUGUGCAGUGUGUCAAGCUGUGCAGAAGGUACCUGCUGUGGCACCGCUCCAUCCCUGGCGGUGGCCUGUCAGAGUCUGGCAGAGGAUUCAUCUAGACUUUGCGGAGAAAGACAGACAAUCCUUCUUAGUGGUAGUGGAUAGUCAUUCCAAAUGGCUGGAGGUUUUUCACAUGACCUCCACCACAUCAAGCCGAACCAUAGAGGUGUUGCGCAACCUCUUUGCUGCACAUGGUCUUCCGGAAGAGGUUGUGUCGGACAAUGGACCCCAGUUCGCCUCCUCAGAGUUCAAGCAGUUUCUAGCCAAAAAUGGAAUAAAGCAAACGCUGGUCCCACCGUAUCAUCCAGCCUCGAACGGAGCUGCAGAGAGGUCUGUCCAAAUACUGAAGCGUGCUCUGGUGAAGCAGGUCCUAGAAGCAAGUGGACAGCCCAGCAUCACACUGCAACACAGGCUGUCAAACUUUCUGCUCAUGUAUAGGGUUACGCCUCACACAGUCACAGGUCGCUCUCCAGCUGAGCUGUUCUUAAAGAGAGAGAUACGCACGCGCUUCAGUCUGUUGAGACCAGAUCUGUCCCACACUGUAGAGCACAAGCAGGCAAAACAGAAACUGUAUCAUGAUAAAGAGAGACUGAAAUUGAGAGAAUUUCAGGAGAAUGACCAAGUCCGAGUUAAAAAUUUCAGGGGAGGAGAUGAGAAAUGGUCUGCCGCUACUGUCAUAAAGCGCUUGGGUCCUGUGACAUACCUGGUCUGGGAAGGACACAGGCAACGUUCCGUCCAUGUUGAUCACAUGCUAGGGAGAAGAGGAGAACUCAAGAAACUCGAGCCGUACACACAUGAGGACCAGGACUUAACACCAGUUGUUUCACCAGCACUUGACUCCACCUCAACCAGUGGAGAAAAACCACCUGAUGCCGACACCUCAGAGAAGGCCAUUCGUCUGAGCCCUGCAGUGCCAGGAAAUGCUAUUCCUCCUUCGCCCAGCACUGUCAGCCCACCUGCUGUACCGUCCGGGGUGCCCCACAGAAGACAUCCAGAGAGACUCAGAAGUGCUCCAAAAAGGCUGGAUUUGUAAUGAGUUAAAAUGAGUGGUGUUUAAAAAUAAUAAUAAUAAUAAUGUUAAGGUGACUGUUACGGUGUCAAGAAGACCUAGUAGUUUAAGUAAAUGAUUGUUAGUUUAGACUGGGUUUCUCAGGUUAAGAGUUAUCAGUAAUGCGAUUGGUUCUCAAAGUCACAUGACUUAGUGUAACGAGUAAGCUAAGAAGUUAGUUCUGGAGCGGGAGACUUGUGUGUAUGCUAGUGAUUUCUAUCUGUCUUAGUAAACGUGUUCAGUUAUAUAAACCAUCGUCUGAGUGCUUAAUAUAUAACCCAC